AUGGCUUCAGGAAGUGAAGAUGAGCAACAGGGGGCUUGGUACUUUGGAUCGAAUUCAUACGUUCCAAAGUCCAGUUCUGAAUCAGAAGAAGAGCCACAGAAUAUGGAAGAAAUAGGACCACAUCAACAAAAUCAGCAUAAGCCAAGACUCAUGAAUGAGUUAAGGCAACUUAUUUUCCAAGACAUGUUGUCACUAAAAGAAGCAAACAAACCAUACAUUGUGGAAUCCAAGUUCAAAAAUUGUGGAAAAAAAAGAGUGGUCGUACCACCAAACUUACUUGAGUCUAGACCCAUUGGCGAACACACUUGCAUUAGAGAUGUUGCAACAUGUUUGGAUUUGGCACCGUCAACGGUGUGGAGGCUGAUAAAAAGAGGCGAGAUAAAGACUCAUUCAAAUCCACUACACUCGGCUUUAACUGAUGCCAACAAAAUAAGGGGGGUGGAGUGGAUUUUGAGCCUUAUCCAAGAAGAUACCAUUCAAAGACACCCGAUUUACAAAGUAAUGUAUGAUUAUAUUCACAUUGACGAGAAGUGGUUUUAUUUAACCAAAAAAAUGCAAAGAGUUUAUUUAGCACACAAAGAAAAGGUCCCAUAUAGGGCAACGAAGUCAUCAAAGUUCAUACCUAAGGCCAUGUUCUUAGGGAUCGUUGCUAGGCCUAGAUGGAAUCGUUUUGGUCAAUGUACGUUUGAUGGGAAAAUUAGAAUUUUCCCUUUUAUCAAUAUGGUGGCAGCACAAAGAGAUUCAAAGAAUCGACCAAGGGGUUCAAUAGAAAUUAAACCAACCGAAUCAGUUAAUCAAGAAGUUUAUAGGAGUAUGCUCAUACAACAAUUGAUUCUGACUAUACUAAGAAAAUGGCCAAGUGAAGGACCUUCCAUUAUUUUUAUUCAACAAGAUAAUGCAAGGGUUCAUAUUAUAAACGAUGAUCUAAUAUGGCAACAACACAAUAGGCAAGGGGGUUUAACUUUCAUUCUUACUCAACAACCUCCAAAUAGUUCGGAUAGUAAUAUUCUAGACUUGGGUUUCUUUAGGAGCAUACAAUCACUUAUGCAUAAAAAGAUGCCCAAAAACAUUACAGAAUUAAUCACAGCAGUUGAGGAUGCAUUCGGAGAGUUACAUCCAUAG